GCGUUGAGCCAUUUUUUGCGGAUGUCCCGCCCCACGGAUCUGACGCCGUACCCUGUUUUUGUGGGGGUUGUUGGCAAGAAUAGAUCCAAAGAAGAGAAUAUAGAGAUAAAAUCUCAACCGAAACCCUACUACUUCAGGUCAUCCUCACACUACACACCAUGUCAGAUACAGAAACCAAGCCAUCAAGCCAGGAUACAGGAGAUAAAAAGGAUGGGGAAUACAUUAAACUGAAGGUGAUUGGUCAGGACAACAGUGAAAUUCACUUCAAGGUGAAGAUGACAACACAUCUAAAGAAAUUAAAGGAGUCAUACAGCCAGAGACAGGGUGUUCCUAUGAAUUCUCUAAGGUUUUUAUUCGAAGGACAGAGAAUUGCAGACAGCCAGACCCCAAAAGAGCUUGGAAUGGAAAAUGAGGAUGUCAUUGAGGUGUAUCAGGAACAGACAGGAGGACUUUGGAACAACUAGGCUUUCAAUAUUUCCUUCCUCUAUUUUUUUAUUU